AUGCUUCUUUUGCAGCAUCAUAUUGACCUUGAAAAGAAUAAUGAGGGUGAUGCUAGAGCAAAAUCCUACACAGUGCCACGGUGCCAGUUAUUGAAAUUUUUGCUUUGCAUUAUAACUGUCAUCUGGUUACUCUCAUCAUAUUCAAAAUGCUCCAGAGCUUAUGAUGUUGGACGACAAAAAAUUAUGAAUAGAUCAAAUACCUAUUAUAACGGUACGCAUGAUUUCAAGACUUUGACAAUAUUGGUAUCGAUUGAUGGGUUUCAUCCGAGAUUGAUAAAUGCGAAACAUACGCCUUUUCUUCACAACUUGCACAAUUUACAGUCAUCGUACGAUAUGAAUAUCACCACUACACCGUACAUGAUACCGAGCUUUCCCACACAGACUUUUCCUAACCACUGGAGUAUGGUGACAGGGAAACACCCCAUUGAGCACGGUAUUGUUUCCAAUAUAUUCUGGGAUGAUUCCACCGGUAGUGAAUUUAGACCAAACAACCUCGACCCAAGAAUCUGGAGUAAUGCUGCUGAUCCCAUCUGGCAAUUACUUCAAACGAAAACACAAGGCCAGUACAAAGUGGCCACGCACAUGUGGCCUGGAAGUGAUAUUACAUACGAGGAAUACCAGGAAGUACCUAGGGAAAGAAUGCCCUUUUAUUUUGACAACUUUAAUCAUUCGGAAACACUCCAAGAGAAACUAUCUCAAAUCUUCCAAUACGUGGAUAUGCCUCUGCUAGAAGAUAGACCUGAGUUGGUACUAAGUUAUAUCCCUAAUGUUGAUUCGUAUGGUCACGAUUUCGGAUACGAUUUACGAGAUAAGCGACUACAAAAGUUGAUCAAUGAAAUUGAUAAGUUUUUCCGCCACUUGAUGGAAGGUUUACAUAAAAGAAACUUACUGAAAAUAAGCAAUGUUAUGGUUGUAAGUGACCAUGGGAUGAACAAUAUUGACACGGAAAGCGGUGAGCAUGUUGUAGUAUGGGAAAGGAUGUUCCCGGGUGACACAAUGUCUGCGUUUAUAUCGCACUUUUAUAACGAGGGUCCCAUGAUGAUGGCAUACGUAAAAGACCCUCGCAACAGGCAAUGGAUUCGCGACUUAAUAAAAUUCCAACUACGGAAAGUUUAUGGAGACGAAAUUUCUAGAAAAUUUCACGUGAUCCUAAAAGAGGAUUUCGACCCAAGCUGGAGAUAUUUCCAAUACAAUAACGAGUCGCAUGCAUAUGACGAUAGAGUGGGUGAUAUCUGGAUUCUCCCGGAUGAGCACUAUGCUAUUGUGAAAGAAGCGAGUGGAAUACAUGGCGGCACUAUGGGGACACACGGAUACAACUUCGGCAAUUGCAGUGACAUGGCGUCUAUAUUCAUUGGAAUGGGUCCGAUGUUCAGCAAUGAAGUCAUUCCACCGUUUCAAAACAUCCAAAUCUACAAAAUGCUAAUUGACGCAAGUGGUGUCUUCUAA